CCAUUACUAAAUACAUUUUGUAUUGACUUACACAACAGUAACUUAGGGCAUUGAAUAAAUCAAUUAUGCAAGCUGGUUCGCCAAACCAUGCAGAAGACAAGACGACGCGUGCAAACCACUAUCUAACCAUACGGCCGUUUAUUUAAUGUGCAAUCUGUAAGGAUCAUUUGAACGUUUUGGAUAUGGAGCAAUGAUGUCAGUUGUUGGAGCUAUACUGGACAAGGUUGUUAAUUUCAGUUGUGAAAUUAGCAAAGAAAGUUUCGGACACAGAGAGCAAUGAGGUUUUAUUUGGAAACUACUUAACAAAGAUGCGGUUGUUAAUUUGAUUUCACAUUUUAGAAGAGCAAAAAGCGUUGGACAUGGACAAUGGCAUUGCAUUUGGAAAAAGCUUUACACCGACACAGCUGUUAAAUGGAAUACGCGUGUGAAAUGAGGAGUACAAGUGUAUUGGACAUAUGUCAAUGCUAUUAUAUCUAUGUUAAGUACUUUACACGGACACAACCAUUGUAAAAGUGGUUACACACGUUAGAGGAGCAGAGCAAUUCACGAGUGUUUCGGACAGAGAGCAAUGAUUAUACAUAUGUCAAGUUACUUUCUCCGUCACAACCGGAAUACACAUUGGGAAUGGGCAAGGCAACUGUUACGGAUAUGUAGCAUUAAUGUUACAUAUAAAUUAAUUCUUCAAAGAAAUACAGAGAUCAUGUAAGAGAAGACACUUGUAUUCCUCAAACAAGACAUUGAAGACCUUUAAAUAUUAGAUAAAAAUGAGCUCUGAAGCGGAGCCAUCAUUCAGGUGCGGAAUAUGUUCGACUGAGUUCAUGGAGUGCCGGCAAUUACUGACUCACAUGAAAAUUCACACCGGAGAGAAGAAAACAUUUACGUGCGAGACAUGUGAUGCUGUUUUUUCUCUUAAAAGUAAUUUGCAGCGACACAUGAAAAUUCACACUGGAGAAAAACCAUACAAGUGUGAGACCUGUUCUGCGGCGUUUGCACGUGGGACUGAUUUACGUAAGCACAUAAGAAUACACACAGGAGAGAAACCAUACAAGUGUGAGAUAUGUGGUUUAGCUUUUAAUCAAACGUCAAAUUUACAAGGACACAUGCGCGCGCACACAGGUGAUAAACCAUAUAAGUGUGAUGCAUGUGCCGCAGCUUUUGUACGUGGAUCGGAUUUACGGAAGCACAUACUAAUACACACUGGAGAGAAGCCACACAAAUGUAUGAUAUGUGGCUCGGGUUUCACUCAAAAAUCUAGUUUAAAAGGACACAUGAGAAUACACACUGGAGAGAAGCCACACAAGUGUGAAACAUGCGGCGCAGAAUUUACACACAAUUUCCAUUUACAGCGACACAUUAAAAUACACACUGGAGAGAAGCCAUACGAUUGUGAGAUCUGUGGUGUAUCUUUUUCACAUAAGGGUCAAGUAGCGGUACACAUGAGAUUGCAUACUGGAGAGAAGCCAUACAAGUGUGAGGUAUGUGGCGUAAAUUUUGCACGUAAAGCGCAAGUAGCAGAACACAUGAAAUUUCAUACUGGAGAGAAGCCAUACAAGUGUGAGAUAUGUGACAUAACUUUUACACAUAAAGCUCAAGUAGCGGGACACAUGAGAUUUCACAACGCAGAAACAAAGCCAUAAACGUGUUAGAAAAACUGUGCGGCAUUAACUCAAAAGUUUUUAAUUAAAGGAAAAAAACACACCGAUUUAAAAUACAUAAAAAAUGUGAUACGGAUGUAUUUUAUUUACGGGUAGAUGGGACUAUACUCAGGAGAAAAAAAUCAUGCAAACGUUAAGCACAGACUUCCCCAAGUGACUCAUAAAUGGGUAAAUGAAACUCCACUAAGUAGAAACACCAUACACGUGUCAAGUGAAAGUUUUACUCAAAGGUUUCAUAUACGGGUAGAUCAGACUUCACUCAGGAGAAACGCCGUAAAAAGUGUAAUUUUUGUGGUUGGAUUAUUUUCAAAGGACUCAUUUACGGGUAGACGAGACUUCACUCAGGAAAAACGCCGUUAUAAGUGUCUAGUGUGUGGUUCGGAUUUUCUCAAAGGUCUUAUUUAUAGGAAGACGAUUCUUCACUCAGGAGAAACGCCGUAAAAUGGUCAACUGUGUUGUUUGGAUAAUUCUCAAAGGUCUUAUUUAUAGGAAGACGAGACUUCACUCAGGAGAAAGGCCGUAAAAUGGUCAAGUGUGUUGUUCGGAUAAUUCUCAAAGGUCUUAUUUAUAGGAAGACGAGACUUCACUCAGGAGAAAGGCCGUAAAAUGGUCAAGUGUGUUGUUCGGAUAAUUCUCAAAGGUCUUAUUUAUAGGAAGACGAGACCCCACUCAGGAGAAACCCCGUAAAAGUUUCAAGUGUGUGGCUCAGAUAAUUUUCGAGACGAGUCUUGACUUAGGAAAAACGUAAAGUGUCAAGUUUGUGGUUUGGAUCAUUCUCAAAGGUAACAUAUACGGGUAGUAGAGGCACUCAGGAGAAACGCUAUAAUAGUGUCAAGUAGGGGUUCAAAUAUUACUAAAAAUUCUCAUUUAUGGGAAGACUAGACUCCAGUCAUGUGAAACGCCGUAAGCAUGUCUGGUAUGUGGUUUGGAUAAUUCCCAAAGGACUCAUUUACGGGUGCAUGAGAUUUCAUUCAGGAAGAACGUCUUACAAGUGUAAAGUGUGUGGUUCGGAUAAGUCUCAAAGGUCUCAUUUACGGGUAGGCGAGAAAUCUGCACGCAGGAAAAACACUGUAAUAGUGUCAAGUAGGAGUUCAGAUAAUACUCUUAAGGUCUAUUUUGCGGGUAGACGAGACUUCACUCAGGAGAAACGCCGCUGUAUGUGUCAAGUGUGUGGUUCGGAUAAUUUUCAGGCUCAUGUUCGCAUUUACAGGUACAUGUAGACGAGACUUCACUCAGGAGAAACGCCCUAAAUCUGUCAAGUGCGUGGUUUGGAUAAUUAUGUAAGGUCUCAUUUGCGGGUUCACGAAACUUCAUUCAGGGGAAACGCCGUUACAAGUGUCAAGCGUGUGGUUCGGAUAAUUUUCAGGCUCAUGUUCGCAUUUACAGGUAGUCGAGACUUCACUCAGGAGAAACGCCGUUUUAUGUGUCAAGUGUGUGGUUCGGAUAAUUUUCAGGCUCAUGUUCGCAUUUACAGGUAGACGAGACUUCACUCAGGAGAAACGCCCUAAAUCUGUCAAGUGCGUGGUUUGGAUAAUUAUGUAAGGUCUCAUUUGCGGGUUCACGAAACUUCAUUCAGGGGAAACGCCGUUACAAGUGUCAAGCGUGUGGUUCGGAUAAUUCUAAGGUGUCAUUUGCAGAUACACGAGACCUCACGUUAGUGAAAAAGCCAUGUACAAGUAUAUAAGUAUGAUACAUAUCACAUUGUAGUGAAGAAUGUAGUGGAAUAUAUACAAUGUAUAUAUAUGUGUGUUAACAGCACAUUACGCCUUUGAAAAGGUGGUUCACAGUCUGACGUUACACCAACGUAAAAUGUGAAGUUUUAUAAUAUUGACACAUUAAAAAAAUAAUAUUUGAUAUGAAUAUAUAUGAGGUCAUAUCAUGGUAUCAUAUUUUCUUGCAGGGCUGUCUUUCUACAAUUUGGGAAUUGGGCCGUGGCCACGAGAUAGGGAAAAUUAUAGUUAUUUUUCAUACAAUGGGAAAUUUUGCAAGUUGACCGAAACUUAACAUAAACAUGAUUUAAUUUAAGUUGAUGUACAUGUAAUAUACAUGUAUCAAAACGCGGUACACAUGGUAGUGUCAAUUUUAAAUAUACCUUUUAUUUACAUUUUGUCUGCACUCAUUCUUUUCAAUGGUUGAAUAUUUUGAGAUUAUGGAGGGCAAUUGUACAAUAAAAUGGUAAAAAAUACACUCCUUUAAGUUUGGCUUUGGGGCUGCUGCCUUUUAUGACCCAAAAGACAGCCCUGUCUUGUUACAACACUUUGUGAACAAAUUAAAGUGGAAUAAAAUCAGUAUGUUAAAUGGACCAUAUGUUAGUCAUAGAACGGAACUUAUUUUAUAUCAGAUAUAUGAAAAAUGCAAGAAUUUGUAGAAAUACCCCUAAAGAUAUAUGACCAUCAUUUAGACAUUAAUGAUAAAUGAAUAAUGUUAAAGAUAUUUUUCUAUAGAGCCCAAUUUUUCAACCCCUAUCUGCUAGCUUAACACAGUUGCUGUCAUUUCAUUUUGUAAAUCUUGAUGUCUUCUAUUUAAAAUCCGUACGUUGAUGUUGAGAGGCAUUCACUGGCAAGUUUUCUGAUUCUGUGAUUAACUAUGUAUUUUUUAUUACUCAUAAUUUAUGUGUUAACAAAUGAAAAUGUUUUUGCUAUGUAUUACAAUGUAGAUAUUAUUUUAUUUGAAAAAUAGUUCCAUAUAUACGUGAGCCUUACUUUACAAUGACUAUUAUAACGAAUAUACCGGUAUUACAUUUAAUGUUGUCAUCAUUUCCACUUUUACAGAGACUGAGGACGGUAGUCUUUAGUUUACAUAAUCUAAGCCAUGUUGAUGUCGUUGGCGUUCACCCAGUGCCAUUGAACCGGGUUUAUGUUAAAACAUUUUGCUUCUGAGUUUGUUUCUGUAGUUUUUCACAUAUAAGUAUUAUGUAUGCACAACUUCAGGGUUUACGCUGGCGAUCGUAAAUGGCGCCAAAAUCGCAAAGGUGGCGACAGUUCAUUAAUUCUGGCGAUUUUUAUUGCGACAACGUUAUGUUUCGCUUUUAUAUAGUAACGUGGACGCCCUAUUGAGCAUAAGCCAACAUCAUGAUUAUUGUUUUCGGUGAAAUGCGUGAAUAUUGUCACUUGAAAAAAAAAAUAGUUUGUAUUUUUAAGAUGCAAAGAAACACCACACAAAUGACGCCAGUAUCAGAUUUAAGUAUUUCCUUUCCCAAAAGUUGAAUAGAUUAUAUUCAUUCAAUUUAACAAAGCAGACGGGUAUUUUUAUCGAAACGCUUCUUUUGUAAGUUUUUAGUAUUUUAAUGAAGCUUAUUAUUUAUGAAGCUUUCUGUAUGUUUUUUAUUGACUUAUUGAUAGUUUAGCUUUUACUGUUCUUUUUUGUAUUCAGAAAGUAGCGGUUUAAAAUUGAAAAUAUAUUGUGCAUCACAUUUGUUUUUGUAAAAUGAGGAAUGGAGGACAAAACUUCCUACACUAUUUUGACUGGUUGGAAAAUAUCCCAAAACAGUUUGGCAUGGUUGGCAAAGCAUCCCAGCUAAUUCUGACACUCAACGCCCAUGAGGAAUAAUGUAACAAUCACUUACAAUUAAUAAUAAUUUAAUAUACAUGUGUAUAUUUUUUAUCCUUUGUUGUGGUUAUAAAUGUGUGUCCAUAUUAUCAAACAUUUAUGGGAUCUCAUGUCCUGGAUGAUAUGUUUUGUCCACCUUGCCAAAAUGGAAUGGGAGGUUGUGUCCACCCAGUCAAGAACGACAUGGGUGGUUUUGUCAAUGGGAUGCUUUGUCCGCCUCCAGUAGAGUGUGAAAUUAGUUUGAUCUAUACUUUUCUUGUGUUUUCAUACAGUUUUAAGUGUGACCGUUUGAAGUGUGACCGUUUGAAGUGUGAGCCUUUUUAUGUAAACUUAAAAACGUACAAAAUACAUUCCUUCUUGUGAAUCCUUUCCUCUGUUUUAUUUUCUUUCUAUUCUUCUUUUUCAGGUAAAAUUAAAGGGACUCGCUCAUGUGUUAUGAAAUGCACGUUUUUAUGGCGAGAUAAAUUGUUGCAAAUCAAUAGGAGUGUUGAAACUACAUGUACGAUAUUGACAGCUGGAACCCUUCAGCAAAUUUUGAUAUUUGUUUAUAUAUCGUCUUUGAACACCACAGUUUUGAAUACCGAAACGAACGGAGUUCAGUGAUUCGUUGUAGCGUGAUUUGUUGAUUGCCAUAUCACGUGAUGUUUUCAAUGUAUUCUUAAAAAUGUCAAACUAUCCAUCAACAGUUGUAUUAUUUUUUUGGACCUUGUUAAGUUUGGAUGUCAGUUGUCUAAUAUAUUUGUUUAAUUAACCGGCGUGGGGUCGAUAUCAAAGAGUAAAAUUAAAAUAUAUUGAUGUUUGCAGAUACAUAACCCUGGAAACAAAUUGGUCCAAAAACAUCAGUGAGUUCCUCUUCCAGCUCUUAACCUUCCUCUCUGUGUGGCUACUACCAUUCUUCAAACGCUUUUAACCACCUUCUACUUCAUAUAUAUUUGUCAUUCACCUUUCACCUUAUCCAUCAAAUUAUUACGAUAACAUAAUCAACAAAUAAUUUCAACGUUUACGCCAUUACAAGCGUCUUGAAAGAGUGAUAAGAACGGGGCAUAGUAUAAGCUAACUAGCUUCCUUCUCAAUCCUGUCGGAUUUAUUUUGUGUUUUUUUUUGCAUGUAGCAAUUGUUUACCUGUCAUGUAUUAUUACCUCAGAAACUCAUUUAUUAUUGAUUAUGCUUUAUAUAUGUGUAUCCUUGCAAUGCUCUUUUGGAAUAAAUACU